AUGGUGACGCAGACGGUGACGAGGACGGUGCCCGGGGCGGGCGCGUCGCCCAAGCUCGCCCCCGCCGAGCUGCCGGCGCUGGCCCCCGCCGAGCCCGCGGCCAAGAAGGAGCGCCUCUACAUGGGCUACUUCCUCACGCCCGUCGUCUGGAAGAACGCGCUCGGCUUCCUCGCCCUGCACCUCAUCGCCGUCUACGGCCUCUACGUCUUGUGCGCUCGGGGAAAGGUGCUCUCCUGGAUCUACGUGUGGCUGAGCGGCGUGCUGUGCGGCUUCGGCGUGACGGUGGGAGCGCACCGCCUCUUCACACACCGCUGCUUCCGCGCCAGCUGGGGCGUGCGUUUCGCGCUGGUGGUACUGCACACCAUCGCAGGACAGGAAGUAAAGUGCUUACGCUUAUUUUUAUUAUUUUUUUUGCAGAACUGCAUGUAUGUGUGGGUUCGCGAUCACCGGCAGCACCACCGCUACAGCGACACGCACGCUGACCCGCACAACGUGCAGCGCGGCUUCUUCUUCUCGCACAUCGGCUGGCUGAUGAUGCGCAAGCACCCUGCCGUGUUCGAGAAGGGCAAGAACAUCGACCUGUCCGACCUGGAGCGGGACCCCAUCGUCAUGUUUCAGAAGAGGUACUACAAAACGCUGUACGUCCUCUUCGCCAUCAUGCUGCCCACGGUGAUCCCCAUCCUCGCGUGGGACGAGCGCCUGGACGUCGCGCUCUUCGGCUGCUACUUCUUCCGAAUGAUCGCAGUCCUCAACAUCACGUGGCUGGUGAACAGCGCCGCGCACAUGUUUGGCACACGCCCCUUCAAUAAGUGA